AUGAACCAUUGUCACUACCUUUAAAUAAGUGCAAUUUGGAGUUGCGUUCAGUCAAGAUGGGGAUUCCACGAGAGAUUUUGCUUGUUCCUAUGCUUUUCCUUUGUGUAACUGCACAGGUACUCUCCUCUAGAGGUCAAAGCAGUCGCAGAGAAGAUGUUUUGAACACAGGCAAUGUACGCGACAAGGUGGUGUUCAACACUGACAACACUGGGCGAGGAUCUGGAGGAGGAUCUCGUGAAGGUUCCAAUGGCAAUGCAGAUUACAGCGACCUGGACUGUGACCUGAUCUUGAGGGAGUGUCAGUGUUUGUCACCCCAACCACCCCCUCAACCGCAGCGUCCUACAAAGCCCUCCCCGACUGUGCAACAGUGGGACUAUUACUGGUAUGAUUAAAGUGUCCCUGUUAGACCAACUCCAAAAUAUCUAUAAUGAGACAGGGUUAAUAAUACACUGCAAUCAGCCUAAUAUUUUAUGUAGUUGAUAUUAAAUAAAUGUAGCAAAAUA